AUCUGGAUCAUAGCAAAGACGACCUUGAUAUAACAGAGUAUUUCGAUAAAUCUUUCUACUGUAAUAAGGACAUUAGUAAUAUAACUAACAAUAUAGAGUCGGUAUCUUUGAAAAAAGGUGAUUCAUUUGAUGACUUUGAUGAAGCUGAAUUUUACAUAUGUCGAUUUUCUGAAUCUAAAGGGUUCAAAAUACAACUUGGGCGCGUAAAAAUGAUAAAUACGGCAGAAAAUAGCAAGGAAGUUCAUAAACGAACAAUUCUCUAUAAACACUCAGGUCUAUUUAGACCAAAAAAUGCUGCGAAGUCAAAUACACCACAUGUUUUCGAAUACUAUUGGAACCAGCUUAUAGGCUUUUCUGCUACAAAAUUAUACCUUGAGUGCCAUCUCUAUAAUAGACGCUUUUUAUGGGUACGUGCCUUUACUGCUAUGAUAUUCAUACUUGGCAUUCAAAUUACAUCAUUUGUCGAAAGUCAGAAUGCAUGCAUCAAUCGGGUGUUAGAGAAUAGCAAUACGUUACUAUGCGAUUUAGAUGUUCCUUCUAUGACAAAUGCAACUACUAUUUUUCUUUCUAUUGAAUCUUUAGUUAAAUGUUACCUGAGACCAAAUGUUGCAUACUUUUUGGUUGAACAAAUAAAGGAAAGUUUAUAUUACACUGCUAGCCAUGCUAUAGUUGAAGAAAUCGAAUCACUUACCUCUUACGAAUCUUCACAAAGUGAAGAUAUAGAUGACGAGCCUGAUGCUAUUGUUUUGUAUACUAUGUAUCUUUUAGAACAUUUAGAAUAUACCUCAAUUGUGGAGAUUUGGAAAAUAUCAAGGGUUACAAGUCAAGGAGUUAACCAUUUUAUAAUUCUUCUUUCAGAUGACUCGUAUAGCUGCACUUGUCUUUUGCAACAAA